UAUCUUGAAGUGUCAAUAUUCAACAAUAUCCAAAUUCUCAUUAAAUGGACUAAUUUUAAGACAGUAUGAUUUGAACUCGUUUUUCAAAUUUACUUUUUUCAAUAUUUUACGUCUAGAGUGGUUAAUAUGGGUAAUCAAAAUUUGAUUGUUAAGUAUCAAGUAACAAGUGAGUUACAGAGUUUAGAAUUUCAGCUCUGCGGGGUCCUUAUAGUGAUCAGCCUGUCUGUGUGUCUGUGCAUCCAUCUUUCUAUCCAUCUGACGAUUUGAUAUCUCUUGUCCGGAGCACAUAUUCUCUUCCCUUGGCCCAAUCUGGCUCAUACUUCACCCACAGAGUGUCUUUGGGUAAAGGGUGGUGGUCAUUGCAGAAUUAUAUGAAAAAUCCUUGGCCAGAGCAUAUCUUCUCUUCCUUUGGUCCAAUCCGGCUUAAACUAUACUCAUUAUUUCCCAAUUGCUUAAUCUUGCUCAGGUUGAACAAAAAUGCCUGUAUAUAAGAAGUAAUGAGAUUGAAUGAAAAGUUUUAUGCUUAGUUAAAAUAUUAAGUUAUAGGUCAAGAUCAAAGCAAAUUUCUCUGAAAUGCUUCUCAUCCUAUCGCCAUCAUUUAAGUGGGGCCUUUGAGAUGGUCACCAUCUCAAUGUUAUUUAGUUUAUUAAUACUUGAAUGAGUGUAUCUUGUUAACUACAGGUCAGUUGUUCAUAUUAUGGCAAUUUCUUUACAGUGUGUUAUUUGAAAACAAAAACAAGACAAGCUUUGUUUGCAUCCUGCUUGUAACCUUCAUAACUUUUUUUGUUCAAAUUAUAGAGCUGAUAUAUAUCCUACUGGGUUAACUAAAACAUAAUUUCUCAACUGAUUUUUAAGUACAUGUAUCAAUGCUUCAGGGAUCUCAUUAACACAAAACAAUGCAUAUUAAGUAAUUUUUCAUUUUACCUAGAUAAUGAGUCGGAGACACAUGUACCCCCACAUCUAAAAAAAAAAAAAAAGUUGAGACUAUUAAUCUAGUAAAAGUUAUGUAUCGAAUUAUUGCAAACAAAAUUCACAUAAUAACAAACAUAUUUUAUCAAAUUCAUGUAUAUACAUACACACCAGUAAUCAAAUUAAAAUAUCUUGACUUCAACUACCAUACAUUGUAUUUGGUUAAAAUGUAAAGUGAUAUAAAAGCACAUAGUGGCUUAUUUUCAUUUGUACAUAUCAAGUACUGUUGGUUUAAAAAAUGAGGUACCUGUACUUGAACGUACAUGUUAACUCUGCCGAUUGAAGCAGAAGUCUACCGCUUUUUAGCUCUGUCUCCUGCUUAUAUACCAGUUUUAUUAUAAAAUAUACUGCUUUUCUCAAAAUGCAUUCCUUGCUUUGAUAGAUAGCCAGUUUAGAAGCCAUUAUGGUUAAAAAAUCUCGCCAGGUUUGAAAUUAGUAUGUGACUUUGAAUUUGAGGCAUACAAACGCUUUUUUAGCUCACAUUAGCUGAAAGCUCAAGUGAGCUUUAUAAAUACUGAUCGCUUUUUGUCCGGCAUCCAUUUGUCAAUCCAGAAACUUUUUACAUUUUCAACUUUUUCUCAAGAACCACAUGGUUAAUUUAAACUAAACUUGACUCGAAGCAUCCUUAGGUGAGGGGGUUAUUUGUUAAAAUGAAGCGCCACACCCUCUUUCAAAGGAAGAUAAUUAAGAAUUAUUAAAAAUUGUUUGGUAUUUUAAAAAAAAAUCUUCUUCUCUAAACCCAAUUGACCAGAAAAGCUAAAGCUUGUGUGAAAAAUUCACAGAUAGUGUAGAUUCAAGUUCAAAUCAUGAUCCUUGGGGGUAUAGGGUCAGUGGAGCCACAAUUGGGGGUUGAAUUUUUACAUAGGAGUAAUAGAGAAAAUUCUUUAAAAUUCUUCUCAAAACAAAUUGGCCAGAAUAGUUGGAACUUGUGGGAAGCAUCCUUAAGUAGUUUAGGUUCAUUAAGUUUGUUCAAAUCAUGAUCCAUGAGGCUAGGAUGAGGCAACAAUGAGGGUUCAAUCUUUUACAAAGGAAUGGAUAGGGAAAAAUCUUUUAACAUCUUCUUCUCAAAAACCAGUUGUCUAGAAUAGCUAAAACUUGUGUGAAAGCGUUCUUAUUUAGUUUGUUCAAUUCAUGAUCCCUGGUGUUGGUAGAGUAUGCCCCCAAUGGGGAAAGGGGUUAAACUUUUACAUAGGAAUAAACGAAAAAAUCUUUUCAAAAUCCAAUUGACCAAAAAAGCUGUAACUUGUGUGGAAGCAGCCUUAAAGAGGUUCGAUCCUCAGAUUUUGGGUAGCCAUUUUGGGUCAUGUGUAGUCUGGAAAUUAUGUGUCAUAUAUGACUUCUACUUUUUAAUUCCUUUUUUACAAUGCCAAAUAAACUAAACUGAAUAAAAUAGUGAAGGAAAAAUUCCAUAUUUAGAGAGUAUAGUAAGGGACUAUAUUUUUUGGCGGAAGGUUUUUAAGAAGAAAAUGAACAUUUUUCAUAACUCAGUUGUUUUAGAGUACCGUAAUUUUAGCUUAAUUUCUUAUUUUCCGUGCAGACCAAAUUUUCAGUUAGUUUAUGCAUUGGGAUAUUUUCAUGUUGUUUCAAAAAACAUAUUUCAACAAUAUUUCAAUAUUUCUAUCGACAUAUAUUGGCAUGUGUAAGUAAUAUUUCAUAAAAGUAAAGAAAAAAUCAACUCCAAUUUUCCCCUUAAAUUAUCUUAUUUCAUGCCAUAUCUAAAAAUUUACAUUAUAGACCCAUACUUUUGGUUUUAUUUUCUGCAUAUUUAAGGUUUUUUUUACAAGUCUGUCAUAAUUUGAGAAAAAGUUUGAGACUUUUAAAUUAUUUAAUUGCAUGUUGAAUCGUUUAUGAAUAAAAAUAGUAUUUUUUCAGUGCAAAAGGGUCAAAAUAUCAAUAAGGUGAAGAAAUUGCAAACUUUUUCAUUAUGAUAAUUUUAAUUUUAUUAAUUCUAAAUAAUGUCAAUUUGUAUUUGAUACCAUUGUUCAUUUCGAUAAAAAAUUAUAGAGGGAAAAGCGAUUUAUGUGCAAUUUGCACUUUCAGUGCAGAAAGGUCAUAUUAUAUACACCGUAGCACCGAAAGGACCAUAUAGACCACAAAAUGUUGUUUUGAAUUUUGGUUUUGAUAUGUGUGUAGAUGUUAAAAAAAUACCUUAGAAAAAAACUUAGAGACUUGAUCGCCGGAUCCAACGUCCUUAAGUAGUGUGUAGAUACAAAUUUGUCCAAAUCAUGAUCCCAUUGGAUGAGGUGAGCCCACAAUAUGCACUGUGCCUUUGUAGUUAUAUGCAAGCAUUUUGACAUGGAUAAUUCUUAAUUUUUCAGACUGGGGCCCCUGAACAAUUUUUUAACCCCACAUGAAGUUUAAAGUUUGGUGUAGGUAUAUAUAGAUAUAUUUAAUGAACAGAUGUAUAAGAUCUAGAGAACUGCAAUGCAAUGCCCAAAAUGUAAUAUGACCACCUGUUACAAAAGGGUCUGGAUGCUUUACUUGAGAAUGUCUGGAAGAAAUUAUGAAACCCUUUUUAUACAGUAUCUAUUCUACAACUUUGUCCAGAUAUUUUAUAUAUGACUCCAUAUUAAAAUCUGAUUUUAUUGUUGCAUUUAAGUAUCCCACUUCUAACAAAAUGUUGUGAUAUUUCAUAUAUGCCUAUUAUUAAAUUCUGAUUUUAUUGUUCCGUUUAAGUAUCCCACUUCUCACAAAAUGUUGUGAUUUUGCUUGGUAUCCCGCUUACCGGUAUAUAAAUUAUAUUAUACCAAAGUUAGGUUUUACCAACUUGUGGGUCUCCCAAAUCAAAGAAAACUCACAGUCAGGAUUUAAAUAAAAUGAAGAUAUUUCCAAUUUAUUGAAUAAUGCUAAUACCAAGACUCUGGAAAUGUAUACCAGGUUUAUAAAAUCACUUAAUGAAUUCCCAAACUUGAUGGGAUAUCAAUACAAAUAUUAUGAAUAGUCAUAUGCAUCAAAAACCCUAAACAAAUGAAGUUCUAUAUCCUGCAAAAUCUGGGAGUCCCGUUCCUAUAAUCCUCCUAGUUUAUAUAUUGCCUAAUUUAUAUAUUGCCUAAAAAGUUAAGUAUAAUAAACUUAUUGAUAAAACAAUAAUAUUUCAUCAGCAAAUCCCAAUUAACAAUAAAUAUAAUUAAUCAUUGCCAUUCCCUGAACUGGGAGUCAGGGGCAGACCUUGCUCUGCUGUGGCAGAUCUGCAGAAGUGCAGAACCCAAUUGACUGUGCACACAGCUGAGCUCGCUAUUUAUUGGCAUCGGGAUCGAUAUGUGUGAUGUCAUGAUAUCAACAUGCAAGUACCCGCUAUAGUUUGAGCAAAGCAGUUUACAACAAAGAAUUAAAUCACGUGAAUAAAAGCGGGAUAACAAGGAAAUGAUAUGUAUCAUUCAUAAAACAAAAUAAUCAUUGGAAUUUGUGACUGGAAAACUUAAAAUCAACAAUGCAUUACGAUGUACAUGAGAUAAAACAACUGACCGACAAUGCCGUCGAGGAAAUUCAGGAUGAUUUCUCGCCGAUAUUUAUGACAAUGACUUGGUAAUUGCAAACAAAGAAUUCAUGAAUAAAACAUCUUAAUGAAUAGUGAAUUAUCAUCAUACGAUGUAUUAAACAGAUAUUCACUUCUUGAAAUGGUUUAUUGGACUUUUGUUGCAACAGGGAAUGUGUAUUGGGAUGUGAAAAAUAAAUUUCUAAACAUUAUUAUUACUAUUGUUGCUCAGGUGAGCGAUGUGGAUCAUGGGCCUCUUGUUAGGUCGAUAAGUUUUUAAGCCUGUAUUUUAAAUUGAACGAUGAAAGAAGCCACUUCCAUUGAAUACACUAGUAACGAGACAUGACAAUAUUAUCCUCACCAAGGAAAAAGAAGCUCUGCAAUUCCACAUGUGGCUUUUACUAUGAAUGAAUUUUUAACUUAGCCAUAAAAGUAAACCUGACUUGCAGUUUAUUGCAACACUGCAUGAUUUGUGAUAAGCAUGCAAACAUCAUUUUUGAUAUUGAGAAAGAAUAUACAAUUUUCUACUAGUUCUUACAUCUCUUUAAUAUUAUAUGUUAAAUUUUGGCAGCUUAACCUAUUUUUACUGAACAAAGGUAAUUAAUUGUUAGUCUCUGCAGUCAAAAAUUUUUUUCCUAAAAAAAAAAAAUAGCUUAAUCAAUGUGAUGGUAAAUGCAUGCAAACUGUUUUAUUUCAUGUGUUAAUGUAACUAAAAUCGAAAAGCAUUAUAUUUUAGUUAUAUGGUAUCGAUAAAUACUAAUCAGAAACCCUUUCUACUUAUGUAGUAAAUAAAAAUAUGUGCUUUGAAAUAUACCUGAAAAAGGCUGUGCACAAUUUUACUGCUUUUUAGCUCAACUGAGCUGAAAGCUCAAGUGAGCUUUUCUGAUCACAUUUUGUCUGUUGUCUGUCUGUCCAUCCGUCUGUCCGUAAACUUAUCACAUUUUCAACAUAUUCUAAGAACUAGUUGGCCAAUUUCAACCAAACUUGGCACAAAUCAUCCUUAGGCAAAGAGGAUUCAAACUUGUGUGGAAGCAUCCGCAGGUAGUGUAGAUUGGUAGUUGUGAAAAUCUUGACUCCCGGGGGUAGGGUGGGGCCACAAUGGGGGGUUGAAGUUUUACAUAGGAAUACAUAGAGUAAAUCUUUAAAAAUCUUCUUCUCAAAAACUAAUCAGCCAGGAAAGCUGAAACUUGUGUGGAAGCAUCCUCAGGUAGUGUAGAUUCAAAGUUGUGAAAAUCUUGAUCCCUGGAGUAGGUAGGGGCACAAUGGAGGGUCGAAGUUUUACAUAGGAAUAUAUAGAGUAAAUCUUUAAAAAUCUUCUUCUCAGAAACUAAUCAGCCAGAUGAUUCUUUAUAAUUGUUAAGACAAUUCUUCGGCCUCACAAGAAGGUUCAGAGUUUGAUGUAGCUUUAUAUCCCAUAUAUAAACAAUUGUUAAGGAUCUUUUUGAGAACUGCAAUACUCAACAUGUGAUAUGACUAUAAAAUUAUCCUGUUAGAAAAGGGACUAAUGAUUGUAAACAUCAGAAUAAUUAUCCUGUUAGAAAAGGGCUAAUGAUUAUAAACAUAAGAAUAUCCAGGGGGAAAAAUGGAUUUUAUUUAUACAGGAUCUACAUGUAUUAUUGUACAUUGUCCAGAUAGUUUGUAUUAUGACUCCAUUAAGCCGAUUUUAUCAUACCUAUUGUUCCUCAGGUGAGCGAUAUGGCCCAUGGGCCUCUUGUUGGUUCUAAAUCUACCUCUUUUUCACCACUUGAGGUUAAUUAACACGUAUGACUUGAAUGUAUAUAUAUAUAUCAAUGACCAAAUCAGGAUAUUAGUUAUGAACAUUUUACGCAUGAUGGUACACAAUAAAGCGUGAGGAUGGUAUUCACAAGAAAAAAAAUGCCUGCCCUAUAUAUUUCUAUUAAUGUUUUGUUAGUGACUGGAAUGAACUAUCAGAUUAUUUGACCAAAGAUAUGCCUGUAAGUAAAACAGCAAUCUAGCCUGUUUUUUAUGCCCCUGCCAAGAAAUGGCCAGGGCAUAUAGUUGUUUUUUUUAUAGUUUUAGUUUAUCCUUCAGUCAUUCUGUUUUUCUGUCAUUCCAUCAUCAUUCACUCAUAUAUGGCCAGAAAUUAGUCCUGACUUUUACCCCACUUCAUUUGUAACCAAUAACAUAUGUUACACUGGUUACAGUGCUUGAAUAUGAAUGAUUUACAAACUUUGAUGUACUUAUGCCAAGUUACAGUGGUCACGGGUAACAUUGUUACAAAUUAAUUAAAUUAGGUUUGGGUUAGGGUUAGGUUUGGGGUUAGGGUUAGUGUGAGAGGUAAGGCUAGUAUUAGGGUAGUUUAGGGUUAGGAUUAGGGUUUAGGGCCAGGGUAACCAUUGUAACCAAUGUUACUGAUGUAACCAUGUAAAAUAAGCCUUCCCCCAUAAAUCAUGAAAAUGACGGUCACCACUGUUACCCUUUGUCUCUAAGAGAAUAUAGCUGUAACCAUUGUCACCAAAAAAAAUAAGACCCCCUGCUUAACAGAAAAAGGCUUGUCACCUGCUACUACACUGGAAAAGGCUUGUCACCUAUGAUACCUUCUGUCACCAAGAGAAUAUAGCUGUAUCCAGAUUUGUGCUAACACAGCGGAGGAAAAAGAGGAAUAGCAGUUGCAAAACUUUAAUGGUAAACAAAGGCUCAGCUAAAAUUUUCAAGAGUAUUUGAAAGUUAAAGGAGAAAAUGAGAUCUUUCAAGACUUUGACAAUGUGAAAUGAGAUGUAAGGCCAUUUCUACAUGGAUUUGCGUAGAGAAGAUGGAUCACAUUACAAAGUAAAUUCCUUGAAGACAAUUCGCCAUGGCAUAAACAGAUAUUUGAAGUUGCCCCCCCCCCCCUUCAACAGAAAAGUGGAUAUAGUUUACCGACAGCAACACAUGGGGAAGGGAGACCUGGUUCAGCAUCCUAUUAUCUCAGACACUGACUUGAAAUCAUUGAUAUGUUCCGAGUUGAAACUGACGAGGACACUGGUCGAAAAGUCUGAAAAAGUUAUUGAUGAAUUAACUAAAAACCAUCGUUUGCACAGAGAAACUUCUUCGGGAAUUAUGCCAGAAAUUAAAGGAUCAAUCUACUUUCCAGUUUUGUCCUUCGAGAUGUACUUAUUAAAGCUCCAUCCAGAAUGUGACAGGCUAUGUCAGUGACCAAAUGAGAGUUUUCUUGAAUCUGAUGCAGUGUGGUUCUGUGAUAUCCCUGUUGGAGAGAAGAAGUUGAGAAGUUUUCUCGGCUCCUUGAGCAAGGCCACUCACUUGUCAAAAGUAUAUACAAACCAUUCCAUUUUAAGAGCAACUAGAGCAUCCAUUCUGGCCAUGUGCAUGUAUGGACACCCACAAGUAAUGUCAGUCACUGGACACAAGUCCAUACAGAGCCUGAGUGUCUAUCAGUGAGUUAGUGAUGUAGGAAAAUUCAAUCAGCAAAAAUCUUGCUCCAACAUCCCGGCAGCUUGCCAACAUUACCAAGUACCAAGAGGCAUGCUGUUAUGGCUAAUUCAUCAUCUUCAUCAAUGAUUUGUGAAACUCAAAUAAUGGAAUGCGAUAUUUUACCGGAGGGCAAAUUGAUCAACUUUUCGCCGAUUUUGAAACACAGAGUCCAGUAAAAGAGAAACAACAAUUUAGACCAAUAUGCUUUAGUAACUGCACUGUGAAUAUUAGCCAAUAUCAACAUUAACACAAAAUAUUUCAGAAAAAGAAUAUACAGAGAUUUGAGUGGUUCUAAUUGUUUAAUAUUAUUUAAUAGAGAGGUUAAGCAUUUGAACUCGUACGUCUACGGGUACGUGUGGAGCUACAAGUAUGUUUACACGUACACGUACCAAAAUUCGGGGUACGUUUAAUAAUCUAUACGUGUAAGCAAACGUGUAAAAUCAUUGGAUUUAAUAUUUUCAACAUGCUCAGUUUACUCUCACAGUUUAUGAAACUAUUCUCUAAAUUUGAUGAAACCAAAGCACAGUCGUCCUCAAUUUAUCGUCUGCUUUAAAUAAAAUAAUGCUUGAUAAACACAAAGUACAUAUUUUUAUUUUAAAAUGCUACAAGUUUUCACCUCCGUGUACUUUUGAUUCUACACAUUUUGUACAACUUGUAGAUUUACGCGGUAUGCAGAAAUUAUGACGUAAUACACAUUUAACUAGGGGAUUCCCCUAAUUACGUACACGUUAAAAUGCUUAACCUCUCUUAUGUUGAAAAUAGAACAGUUUAUUGUUGGAAAUACUGUUUUAUUUUAAAAUAAAGAUUGUUGAAAUUUAUUCAUUUUUGAAAAAAUAAAAAUAUGUUGGAUUUUAU